AUGGUUGUCAAGGAGGGACUCAGGGCCUGGAAGAGAACCUUCUGGCAGCUGAUCCUUCUUGCACUUGGCCUCUUGUACCUGCUCCUGUAUGGGAUCCCUAUAGUCAGGCACCUGGAAGUCCUCAUCCCUAUGGGCGUCUGCUCUUCGGCCACAAUGCCCCUGAGAGACAACUUCACGGGUGUCCUGCUUCCCUGGGCCCGGCCUGAAGUCCUGACCUGUACCUCCUGGGGGGCCCCCAUUAUUUGGGAUGGCACCUUCAACCCAGAUAUGGCCCAGCAAGAAGCUGGAAAGCAGAACCUCACCAUUGGACUGACUGUCUUUGCUGUAGGCAGGUACCUGGAGAAGUACCUGGCGCGUUUCCUGGAGACGGCCGAGCAGCACUUCAUGGUGGGCCAGCGCGUGGUGUACUACGUGUUCACCGAGCGGCCGGCCUCCGUGCCGCGCGUGUUGCUGGGCGCGGGCCGCCGGCGGCGGCUGCUGCCCUUCGAGCGCAACGCGCGCUCAGCCGCCGCGCUGGCGCCGGGCGAGGGCGACUUCUACUACCACGCGGCCGUGUUCGGGGGCAGCGUGGCGGCGCUGCGCGAACUCACGGCGCACUGCGCGCGGGGCAUGCAGCGGGACCGCGCGAGCGGCCUCGAGGCGCGCUGGCACGACGAGAGCCACCUCAACAAGUUCUUCUGGCUGCACAAGCCCGCCAAGGUGCUGUCGCCCGAGUACUGCUGGAGCCCGGACAUCGGUCCGCGGACCGAGAUCCACCGCCCGCGCCUGCUCUGGGCGCCCAAGGAGUACACGCUGCUGCGCGACUAG